AUGUGCAUCAAGUUUAAGUGGUCUCUCGUACACUUUAUGCUAAAAAUGUGUGUUGACCAAGUUGCCAUGAAGUUAUUUGGUGUGCGCAUCACCACUUCUAAAGGGACUACUUUUGUACUUCAGAAGCUUGGUAAGGGAGACUGGCGUGGAAUAUCUCGAAAUUUUGUUGUUUCCAGGACCCCAACUCAAGUGGCAAGCCAUGCUCAAAAGUACUUUAUUAGACAGACAAACUCAUCAAGACGGAAGAGGCGGUCAAGCUUGUUUGACAUGGUUGCAGAAAUGCCAAUGGACGAGUCUCUAACUGCUGUGGAACAAAUUACUAUCCAAAAUACUCAAGAUGAAGCUACAAGUUCAAAUCAACUGCCGACCUUACAUCUUGGGCAUCAGAAGGAAGCAGAGUUUGCUAAGCAAUUGCCAACUUUUCAGCUAAGGCAGCAUGAGGAAUCUGAAUAUGCAGAACCUUCAUUGACACUACCAGAUUUGGAGAUGCACUCCAGUGUACCAUUCAAUACCAUAGCUGUUCCGACGGUGCCAGCAUUCUACCCUGCGUUUGUCCCUGUUUCACUAACUCUUUGGCCUCCAAGUGUUGCCCAUGUGGAGGAAGCAGGCACAACCCAUGAAAUCCUAAAACCAACUCCUUUGAAUGGUAAGGAGGCGAUUAAGGCAGAUGAUGUUGUUGGUAUGUCUAAGCUCAGCAUUGGUGAGGCCAGCUCUGGCUCCAUGGAACCCACAGCUCUUUCCCUUCAGCUUAUUGGAUCGAUGGAUACAAGGCAGCCAGCUUUUCAUGUGAGUUCACCAAUGAAUAAACCUGAAAUAAGCAAGAGAAACAGCCGUCCAAUUCAUGCCGUUUGA